AUGGCAGCUGACGAUGAGGGGUGGGGUCUUACAGAACAAGCCCCUCCUCUGCGAAAAGAAGAAGUUUGCUCCAGGCAUUUCAGAUUGACCCAUGACAUUACAUUAAUUAUCCGGCCCACCGACAUUCUGUCGCCCCCUGGUGACCGGUACCGUGACCAGCGGGUUCAGAUUGUAGGCGGGGCUAAUGGUAUUUGUGGCAGUUACCUGAGAGAACGAAGAUUAAAGGACGCUGCUGGCGGCGUCUACUUUAAUCUACACAAAAAGAUCAAUCAAACAGUGGAACAGGCUGUCGGUCGUGGGUUGGCUGUAAUAGGAGACCGGCUGGACCGGGACCGGGCCACCAGACACCCAAACUGGCUUCCGACUGCUCUCCACAUGCUGAGACCUGCUCAGGCACUGACCAGAACAAUCUUUUGGGACAUAGAGAACCAGUUAUGGGGACUCCGAGGCUCGUCUGCUGCAGUUAAAUCCUGGAUUGCAGCGGCUGUGCCUGGGCAGGGGAUCCUCAGAGCUGAGGCCUGGCUCUCCUGGGUGUCCAGCUGUCAACCAGGAUCCUGCACUGGCUGGACCAGAGGAGCUCUUGUGGCACUGGUGGCUGCAGUAACAAUUUGCAGUGCAUUAUGGGUCGAAUGGAAAGGUUAAUACCUUAAACUGCUUUUCUGGACACGCGAUUUGAGGGCAAAAAAGAAAAAAGUUUGCAUUGAUCAUAUUUAGUCCCGUUUUCUUUUUAUACCGAUGUCAUGAGUGGUGUUGGAUUUAACACUAAAUCUUUGACCAUCUUGGGUAAAGUGAUUAAUAAUGGUCCAAUUUGUUACGGUUACUUGAGGUUGUUUUAAAUCACUUUUUUACUCUUGCCCAAGGAGUCGGCCUGUUCGAUGUAGCACUAAAAAUUGUAUUAACAUUUGAGUCAUGACUGGACUGUUGCUGGCCUGCAGUCUUUUGUAAUAUUAAUUUCUUACAGUUUUUUUUAAAAAAA